AUGACAUUUGAUGUUCAAAAAAUUAUUGACGAGGUUCUUCUAAAACUGUUUACCAAAGAUUUUCAGCAUUUUAAGGUAGUAGAAGAUGAAGGUUUCAAAAAUUUUGUUAAACUUUUAAAUCCAGCUUAUAAAAUACCUGAUCGUCACACGAUAUCCAAAGUUCACAUCCCUGCGCUAUACCAAAAAAGUUUAAAUGAGACAAAAGAGCUCUUAACCAAUGAAUCAUCUGUAUUGUUGGGAUGCUAUGAGUUUUCUGAAAGCCAUUCAUGUCUUAAUUUAUGUAACACGAUUCAAGAAACUUUAGAUAAAUGGAACAUAGAUAAAAAAAAAAUCUUAGCAGUCUCAGAUAAUGCUAAUAAUAUCAAAUCUGCUUUGAAUUCAUUAAAAGUUAAGAGUUUGGGGUGUUUCGCUCAUACACUUAACUUAAUUGUUCAAGAUGCAUUAAAGUUACAGUUGUGUUAA